UUAAUUGUGUUGAAUUAUGUUAGUGACAUAAUUCAAUGAUCCUCCUCUCUUUGUUUUGGCCAAAAUUUAUGCCAUUUACAAUGCUUCUACAAUUACCCCACCAAUCUAUUUUCUACUUUUUGUUUUCAUUUGAUCUUGUUAUUAGUGUUUCCUGAAGAAUCAGGGAACUGUCAUUUUCAGAAUUUGUCUAUCAUGUGAUUAAUUUCAACAAAUAAUAGAGGCUCUUCAGCCCUGAAGAGAAGGAAACAUUUCUCCUUAUGCUUCCAUGACUAGAAUGCAUAAUUAGUUAUUACUUUGGUUAGCAUUGUCGGUAUGCUUUAAUUGUAGGACUUUCCACAUUUUGCUUCUGCUUCUUCUGUUACCAAACUCUUUAAUUUUAUUCUUCUUGUGACUGUACCUGAAAACUCAGAGAUCCUCAGAAUCAAAAUGGGGUUACAGCUGAUACUAUUCCUGUUAAUCAAGCUACAUUUAGUUCUCUGUAUUCCACAGCUUCAUCAAUAUGCAGCAACAAAUCUGCACCAUUCAAGGGUCAGAAGCCAUUCAAGUAUUGCAUUGCCACCAUCUAAGUCAUCAUAUUCUAGAGUUCCUGCAUCUAUAGCACUUCCUCCUUCCAAGGCAUCUUAUGGAGUUCAUGGAACUACUGCAGUUUCACCAUCCAAGUCAUUCUCCAAAGCUCCUACAAAGAUGUGGAUUCAUGGUUAUGUGGAUUCUCCAAUAUCAUCACAUCAUAAGCACCACAAUUACAAAAGAAAAUUUAGAAACCAAACUCCUGAGCCAACCUACCCAAACAAUCCUCAUACUCAUCAAGGUACUUCAGUCUUCAAAUCACAACCUCAUUUAUUUUCACCAAAAAGCUGGAAUUCUGCUGCACCUGCACCAUCACCAUCACCAUCAGUUUUAUCAGAACACUUGAAUGUGCCCUCUCCCUCCCCAAGAAUUUCACCUCUAGGUUCAUCAUUGAAUAAGAUAAAGACUCCACCACCAGCAUAUGCUUUGGUUCUUCCACCUCCACCACCUAAUAAGGAUUGCAUGAUGGUGACUUGCUCAGAGCCAUUGACAAACACACCUCCUGGAUCUCCUUGUGGUUGUGUGUGGCCACUUCAAGUUAAACUCCACAUCAGCAUUGCAAUAUACAAGUUCUUCCCUUUGGUUUUCAAGCUAGCUGAGGAAAUUGCAGCCAGUCUUUUGUUGAGUCGCAACCAGGUUCGCAUUGUUGGAGCUAAUGCAGCAAAUCAUCAACUAGAGAAAACCACUGUUCUCUUAAAUUUGGUACCUCAAGGAGUUAAGUUUGAUGAUACAACAGCAUUCUUGAUAUACAAGAAAUUCUGGCACAAAGAAAUUCUCACUGAUGCUUCCCUUUUUGGUGCCUAUGAAGUACUCUAUGUUCAUUAUCCAGGUCUUCCACCUUCUCCACCUUCAAGUCCUUUUGAUGUUUCUGGUAUAGUUGACCCAGAUGCUGUUGGUAAUGAUGGGAAUUUAAUAAAGCCUUUAGGAGUUGAUGUCUCUAAUAAGAAGAAAAAAGAAGGGAAUGGCGAAAGAACGGUUGGUAUGCUCGUGUUGUCGUGUUUUGCAGCUUCUGUUCUGUUCCUUGGAGUUACUUGGCUUUGUCUAUUGAAAUGCCACUGUCCAGCCCUUGAAACUGAACAAGCUACAGAUGUUAUAAUUGCACCCUCUUUCAAAAAUUCAGGCAUUGCCAGGUCAUUGCCUUAUGAGAACAUGGUGAAUUCUAGAUCAACCUCAACCAAUUCUGGAACAAUAGCAUAUGCAGGAUCAGCUAAGAUAUUCACUUUGAAUGAAAUAGAGAAAGCAACAAAUAGCUUCAGUUCUUCAAGAAUAUUAGGAGAAGGUGGCUUUGGCCUUGUUUACAAAGGAGGCCUACAAGAUGGGAGGGAUGUUGCAGUGAAGAUUCUCAAAAGGGAUGAUCAUCAUGGCGGCCGCGAAUUUUUGGCCGAAGUUGAGAUGCUUAGCCGUCUGCACCAUAGAAAUUUAGUUAAAUUGAUAGGUAUAUGCAUUGAGAAACAGAGUCGUUGCCUUGUCUAUGAGCUUGUUCCUAAUGGAAGUGUAGAAUCCCACUUACAUGGUUCAGACAAGGAAACAGGUCCACUUGAUUGGGAUGCACGGAUGAAGAUUGCGCUUGGCGCUGCUCGAGGAUUGGCUUAUCUGCAUGAAGAUUCAAAUCCAUGUGUCAUACAUAGAGACUUCAAGUCCAGCAACAUCUUGUUGGAACAUGACUUCACACCCAAGGUAUCAGAUUUUGGAUUGGCUAGAACAGCACUUGAUGAGAGAAACAAGCACAUUUCCACACAUGUUAUGGGCACAUUUGGGUAUCUAGCUCCUGAAUAUGCAAUGACAGGACAUCUUCUUGUGAAAAGUGAUGUUUACAGUUAUGGAGUAGUCCUCCUAGAGCUCCUAACCGGGAGAAAGCCUGUGGACUGGUCGCGAUCGCCUGGUCAAGAAUACCUUGUUGCUUGGGUUCGUCCGCUUCUCACAAGUAAAGAAGGUUUGGAGAUGAUUAUAGACCCGGAUAUAAAGCACAGCAUUUCUCUUGACAGCAUACUAAAAGUCGCAGCCAUUGCAUCCAUGUGUGUGCAAGAAGAAGUCACUCAACGCCCUUUCAUGGGUGAAGUUGUGCAGGCCUUGAAGUUGGUAUGCAGUGAGUUUGAGGAGACAGACUAUGCAGGACAGGCAAGUUUUCAAGAUGAUGUACAAGGGAAAUUUUCCAAAAGUUCAGAUGAGAGAGUGGAUUUUUCGUGUAAGAACUCCCUGAAUGACUAUGAAGCUAGUGAAGAGUCAGAUAGAUGCAUCAACAUAGAAGAUGUUUAGUGCAUUAGGGAAAAGAAGAUGCAUCUCUGGUAGAAAAUGAUAAAUCUUGCUAGAGGGACUAUCAGUGAGCAUGAAUUUUUAACUGAAAUAUGGCCUUGAUCCCAUUAAAUUUGUCACUGCCUCAAUGCAAAUUCUAUUGACAAUUUCAUUGUUUGUUAUAUUAUAUUCGGAAGUUGGUGUUUCAAA